ACUCUACAUAAGCGGCCAGUGGCAGCGGCUGCGCGGUGCAUCUGACCUUCAGUGUGUCGGCUCCAACGCCAUGGCGCCCUCCAGGAAGUUCUUCGUCGGGGGGAACUGGAAGAUGAACGGGCGGAAGAAGAACCUGGGGGAACUCAUCACCACUCUGAACGCGGCCAAGGUGCCGGCGGACACCGAAGUGGUUUGUGCACCCCCUACCGCCUACAUCGACUUUGCCCGGCAGAAGCUGGAUGCCAAGAUUGCUGUGGCCGCUCAGAACUGCUACAAAGUGACGAAUGGGGCCUUUACUGGGGAGAUCAGCCCUGGCAUGAUCAAAGACUGUGGAGCCACAUGGGUAGUCCUGGGGCACUCGGAAAGAAGGCAUGUCUUUGGAGAGUCAGAUGAGCUGAUUGGACAGAAAGUGGCCCAUGCCCUGGCAGAGGGGCUUGGAGUAAUCGCCUGCAUUGGGGAGAAGCUAGAUGAGAGGGAAGCUGGCAUCACUGAGAAGGUUGUUUUCGAGCAAACCAAGGUCAUCGCAGAUAACGUGAAGGACUGGAGCAAGGUUGUCCUGGCCUAUGAGCCUGUAUGGGCCAUUGGGACCGGCAAGACUGCAACACCCCAACAGGCCCAGGAAGUACACGAAAAGCUCCGGGGAUGGCUUAAAUCCAACGUCUCUGACGCGGUGGCUCAGAGCACCCGUAUCAUUUAUGGAGGUUCUGUGACUGGAGCAACCUGCAAAGAGCUGGCAAGCCAGCCUGAUGUGGAUGGCUUCCUUGUGGGUGGGGCUUCUCUCAAGCCCGAGUUUGUGGAUAUCAUCAAUGCCAAACAAUAAGCCCGUCCAUCUCUCCUUUUCUUCCUAAGCCAGGGACUAGGUAGCUCAGGAGCUCAGUAACUGUGCUCCCCCCCACCCCCCACCCCGCACAUGCUUCUGAUGGUGUCACCUGCCCCCUUUGUGGCCAGAGUAUACGUCUUCCUCACUGUUUACACCUUGCCCCGUAAUGGCUGGGACCAGGCCCAUCCCUUCUCCACAGAACUGUAAUGGUCGGAACGAAACGUCACCGAGGUGGCUUCUCCGUGGCUGAGAGGCAGAAGGGGUGGAAUUUGCUCGUGGGCCCCCUCAGCGUCCCCAGUGAGGGCAGGAGAGAGAAGCCAUCCUCCUCUCCCAUCUCACUCCCUGAGGCUGGGGGCUGAGAGAAAGCCCUGUCCUCCCCUCAGAGGCCAGAGGGGCUGCUCUCUCUCCCAUGGUGCCAACGCCCAUGUGUGUUGUGUGUGUGAGCAAUCCCGCGUGCGGGGGGAAAUAAACACCUGGCACUGA